UGUCGAAGUCCAAAAAUGGGAGCUACACGGACCCGGACCGAGGGACUAUCAAAAGCUACACGGGCCGUUCGGUUUGUUCCUCUGCGGCCUCCGUCCCGCAGCUUGCUGAGACGGAAGCAACAUUUUGAAUCUUCGGCGCGGUCCCGUUUCAGAAAUCAACCGUUUGUAAGUGACAGUGAAAGACAAAGCAGAAUGGCCUCCUCUUCCACGGGCAUCGAUGAGAGCGCUUUCAAGACUCCUAAAAACGCCCGAGUGAAGAGCUUCGGAAGCAGUGGGAGUACCCCUGUCACCAUCCCGGCCUCCCCCUUCAUGAAGAAGCUGGGCUGUGGGACCGGAGUCAACGUGUACCUCAUGAACAGAGUGGGAAAGUUGAAUGCGUCUCCCUGGGCCGUCAAGAAGAUCAACACCAAGUGUGCAAACAAACAGGUGGCGAUUUACCAGAAACGGCUGAAUGAGGAGGCAGAGGUCCUGAAAGGAAUCACUCAUCCAAACAUUGUUGGGUUUCGUGCCUUCGCCACGGCCAAAGAUGGAUCAAAGUGUCUAGCGAUGGAGUACGGAGGAGAGCAGUCCCUCAAUGACCUGAUUGAGAAGAGGAAAAAGGACGGCCUGAAAGCUUUCCCUGCUGCCAACAUUGAAAAAGUAGCGCUGCACGUUGCUCGUGGCCUUCAGUAUCUCCACAAUGAAAAGAAGCUGCUGCACGGCGACAUAAAGUCCUGUAACGUGGUCAUCAAGGGCGACUUUGAGACCGUCAAGAUCUGCGAUGUUGGUGUGUCUCUGCAGCUGGACGAGAACAUGACGGUGUCUGACCCAGAGGCCGAGUACAUCGGAACGGAGCCGUGGAAACCAAAGGAAACGCUGGACGAGGGAGGAGAAAUCACUGACAGGGCAGACAUCUUUGCGUACGGUCUGACUCUGUGGGAGAUGAUGACCCUGGCCAUGCCUCAUCUGGAGAUGUUGAUGGAUGAUGAUGAUGAUGAGGAGGAGGAGGAGACUGAAGAGGACUCGAUGGACAGUUUUGACGAGGACGCCUACUACGAGAAGUUGGGCACGAGACCGGCGCUGGACUUUGAGGCUCUGGGCAGCUCGUACCGCAGGAUGGUGGAGCUGUUCUACCUCUGCACCAACGAGGACCCCAAGACCAGACCCUCAGCCGCACAGAUCGUCCAGGCUUUAGAGACCAAUUCCCCGCUGGAGAAAACUCCCAGUGAGGUUAUUGUUAUCGACUGAUUCUGCCAAAUAUUUCUGGAUUUAUGUUAGACGAGCAUAAACUUUGACAGGAUUAAAGCCGCAAACAUAACUCACUAAUUUGUAGGCUGAAGCUCUACUGUAAAUAGCACAUUUCCUUGAUGUCUUUGGUAGUUAUUUUUUCCAUGCAAGUUAACUUUCACUUUCUUUCCAGUUUAGGUGUCUUGUAUGUUUCUGCACUUCUGUAACUGUUGACAUUUCUUGAUAAAACUUUCUAUAAAACGCAGAUAGUUUGUUGGAGAUUGAGGGCUGCUGCUGCUCACCAAACCAGCUGUUCUGCUCCCCCUACUUUCAAAGUUACAGAUGAGGUCAUAACUCUAGGCACAAACAAAGCUAUCUCAACGUUUAA